GUUGCCAAGCAAAUAUUGGGAAAAUAUCCGUGUCUUGAGAUACUUGACGACGACGGAUUCAGUAACGGCCUAAGUCAUAUAACUAUAAAACAUAAGUUGAUCAAUCGAAACACGUAUCUGAACCGCCUCAACAAUCAAGCUAAUACAACAACACUUACUCCAGUCGCCAAAAAUAAGCGGGCAGGUACCAAUCAGGAAUAUUGAAGCUACAACUAAUCAUUGUACCAAGGAAGUAAUGGCCAAACUACGGCGGGACGAGCCUACUUUACUGACCGAUGAGUUCUUGGUGGAAUCCCAAGGAUUUGUUAGAUCUCGAAUGGAUCAGAAAAGGGAUCUUGCACUGAUUAUGUCAGAAUUUCCGGUUUUCCGACGUAGGCGGCUGCUUAAUCAUCAUUUUAAAGAAGCUACAGGAACCGAUAUUGAAAUGUUGCGGAAAUAUUUCAAUUCGAAGAAAUCAAAAAUCAUUCUUUAUUCAACUACCCAGAAACUGAAUAAGCUGUCUGAGAAACCAUCCGAUCGUGAUGUAUUCUAUUUUUUAGCAAAAUUAUUGGACGAAACCUUGGAUGAUCUAAUCUUGAAGAAAGAGGUAGUAAUCUAUUUGAAAUUUGAUAACUUUAAAAUAAAAAAAUCUCUCAUGUUUCAGAUCGGAACACGCAUUGACGAAAUUCGAGACGAAGCGGCAGCACCGGUUUUAAUCGCCAUAGACAUUGGUAACGGAGCAGAUAUGUAUUAUGUCUUUGCUGAUCGUACUCGCCUUUCGGAAGGCACGACUGAUUUUGUAUGUGCCAUACAGGACUUAAUGAGUGUGCAUUAUGUGCACAGUUUCAUGUAUUUGAAAAGUGCGGCUAAAUUCCUAGAGUUAGUGCAGGAGUACUUCCUAAAAAUUUUUACGACGAAAGGAUCUAAGUCGAGUGCUGUACGUAUUGGUAAGCAACAACGCACUGUAAAGAAAGUAAUAGCAUCUCUAUCUCAAUACGAGUCACCAAAACAGAAGGAGCCACCUCUCGACCAGAUUUAACAUCCGCUGCCUUUUGGUACCGGAAUAAGUUCAUCGUUAUUUCCUCUAAACACAAAAAUUCACUUGUGCCAAGACAUUGGCAUACAAAACUCUCAAAAUGUUUUUUUUUUUUGCAAAAUUUAUAGUAUAAAAUAUUAGUUUAGGGAUUCUUUCCAAACAAGCGAAAAAAUGGCAUUCAAAUCAGAAUCACUUUGUAAGAAAAUGUGUAUUAUUCAU